GAAAUUGAAAGUUUGAAACCCACAGUCCAAAUUUAAUACUAUCAGCAAUGGGAUUUUGAACCAAUGCCCUAAUUCUCCUUCGCAUCUCAUUACCGCGCUUUUCAAUAUUCAGCACAGUUCACAGGCCACCCCUCCACUCCCUGCAUAUUUCCCAUGAUCCAAUUUCAUUAAUGAGCUCUGUCAGCUGCCACCAACUAGAGCGGAAAUUCUCAGCUUUUGGACGCAAAUUCAUCUCUUCCAUUGCCUUAGCUGAUAGCACAUCUAAUUUCUCAGACCAGCACCCUAUUCAGUUCCUCAAUGCACGCACCAACCCCAGAAUUAUUAUUCACUCAAAACCCGAAAUUGCGCAUGCUCAUCUCAUAAAGACCCAGAAUCUUGAAUCCGAUGUAUAUGCUGCAAACUCUUUGCUUGAUGCUUACGGUAAAUCAAAAUUGGACAAUGCGGCGAAGCUGCUUGAUGAAACGCCUAACCCAAAUACAUUUUCCUGGAAUCUUAUGAUUUCAAAUUCUAACAAAGCGUUAUUGUACGAGGAUGCUUGGAGGUUAUUUUGUAGGAUGCACAUGUUGGGGUUUGAGAUGAAUAUGUUUACAUAUGGCAGUGUUCUCUCUGCUUGUGGUGCUUUAACAUCUACAUUGUGGGGCGAACAGCUUUAUGGGCUUGUGAUGAAAAAUGGGUUUUUCUCUGAUGGAUACGUAAGAUGUGGGAUGAUUGAGUUGUUUUCAAAAAGUUGUAGGUUUCGUGAUGCUUUACGGGUGUUUUAUGAUUGUUUGUGUGAUAAUGUGGUUUGUUGGAAUGCUAUUAUAGCAGGGGCAAUAAAAAAUAGGGAGUAUUGGGUUGGUUUGGAUAUUUUUAGCCGAAUGUGGGGUGGGCUUUUAAAGCCUAACGAAUUUACAAUUCCUAGUGUAUUGAAUGCUUGUGUUGCACUCUUGGAACUUCAGUUUGGCAAAACGGUUCAUGGAGCAGUGAUAAAAUGCGGCCUGGAAAAAGAUGUUUUCGUGGGGACUGCUAUUGUUGAUUUGUAUGCAAAAUGUGGGGUUAUGGAUGAAGCAUUUAAGGAAUUCAUGCAGAUGCCAGUCAGCAAUGUUGUUUCUUGGACUGCCAUGCUAAAUGGUUUCGUCCAGAAUGGUGAUCCUCUUUCUGCAGUUGGAAUCUUUGCGGAAAUGAGGAAUAAAGAGGUCGAGAUAAACAGCUACACCGUCACUAGUGUGCUUACUGCAUGUGCUAAUCCUGCCAUGGCAAAGGAAGCAAUCCAAAUCCAUUCUUGGAUCUAUAAAACUGGGUUUUAUCAGGAUCCAGUUGUGCAAAAUUCUUUGAUCAAUAUGUACUCGAAGAUAGGGGAAGUUUCCCUAUCUGAGGCAGUCUUUGCAGAGGCUGAUAAUCUGCAGCACCUAGGUUUAUGGUCUAACAUGAUUUCUGUUCUUGCCCAGAAUAGUGAUUCUGACAAGGUAAUUCAUCUAUUUCAAAGAAUAUUUCAGGAGGACCUGAAACCUGAUAAGUUCUGUUGUUCUAGUGUCUUGGGAGUUGUAGACUGUCUAGACUUGGGUAGACAGAUACAUAGCUACACUCUUAAAUCGGGGUUAAUCUCUAAUGUUAACGUGAGCAGCUCUCUUUUCACAAUGUACUCGAAAUGUGGUAGUAUAGGGGAAUCAUAUAUCAUAUUUGAGCUGAUUGAGGAUAAGGAUAAUGUCUCAUGGGCCUCAAUGAUUGCUGGUCUUGUAGAACACGGUUUUUCAGAUAGAGCUGUUGAAUUGUUCAGAGAGAUGUCCGUGGAGGACGUCACUCCUGACGAAAUGACAUUAACUGCUAUCCUUAACGCAUGUAGUUCUCUUCAGACCGUGAAAACUGGCAAAGAAAUUCAUGGCUUCAUUCUUCGGCACGGUGUUGGUGAGCUCGGCAUUGCCAAUGGUGCCAUUGUGAAUAUGUAUACAAAGUGUAGUGAUCUAGUUUCGGCGAGAAGGUUUUUUGAUAUGUUACCCCUUAAAGAUAAGUUUUCUUGUACUUCCAUGGUCACCGGGUAUGCUCAAAGGGGUUAUGUGGAAGAUGCGCUUCAGCUAUUCAAGCAAAUGCUGAUGGCUGAUUUAGAUAUUUGUUCCUUUACAAUUUCUUCUAUUCUUGGGGUUCUUGCUCUUUCUAACAGAUCUGGCAUUGGCAUCCAAAUGCAUGCAUAUUGUAUAAAAAUAGGAUCACAAUCAGAAGCAUCGACAGGAGGUUCACUGGUUAUGAUGUACUCAAAAGGUGGAAGUGUUGAUGAUUGCUGCAAAGCAUUUGAAGAAAUCUUGGCACCUGAUUUGGUGAGCUGGACUGCUAUGAUUGUAAGCUAUGCUCAAAACGGAAAAGGGGAUGAUGCUUUGCAAGUUUAUGAGUUAAUGAGGAACUCAGGAAUCAAGCCUGAUUCAGUGACUUUUGUUGGUGUUCUUUCUGCUUGUAGCCAUGCUGGUUUGGUUGAAGAAGGGUAUUUCUUUCUAACUUCAAUGAUGAAAGACUACAGAAUUGAGCCUGGUUACCGUCAUUAUGCCUGUAUGGUGGAUCUUCUCGGUCGCUCUGGUAGAUUAAUUGAGGCUGAGAGGUUCAUAAGUGAGAUGCCAAUGAAACCUGAUGCUUUGGUCUGGGGAACACUACUUGCUGCUUGUAAAGUGCAUGGUGACGUUGAGCUAGGAAAACUGGCAGCAAAUAAGAUUAUAGAGUUGGAGCCAAGUGAAGUUGGUGCAUAUAUCUCAUUGUCAAAUAUCUGGGCCAGUGUGGGCCAAUGGGAAGAAGUCUUGAAAAUAAGGGGUUCAAUGCAAGGAACUGGGAUAGCGAAGGAGCCUGGAUGGAGUUCUUUGUGAAAUACAUUCAGUACAAUAAGUCUUUGCAUGUCAUUCUUUACUGGUUAGCAUAUUUUGUCAAGGUGGAGAACUUUCAAAGUAUCUGGGGGAGCUACCGACACAGAAACAAAAUGGAUGAAGACUUGUACUGUGCAUAUCUUUAGAGAUAUAGCAUCAUAUGUACCAAUCUUUGGACCUCUUCUACACGGUGACUCUACCAUCCAGUUGGAUAAUUUACCAAAAAUUUGGUCAUAGGUUGCCGAACCUUUGGUUUGCCUCUCCUGGAAAGGUUUCCUUGCAUCAUAUGCUGUAGAUUAGGAGUUGAAGAAGAGGAAAAUGUUUGACCACACUUACCAUUGGAUAUGUGUAGUACUGUAACCGACUCCCGCCCAACCCUUCACUUUCUCUUAUGUAUUCCUGUUUCAAUCAUGCAAACUCCAGUUCAACCCAAAUGGCUAUCUCAUUGGUGUGCAAGAGCGGAAGGUUGCUGCAAAGAGUAAUUGCCCUGUCUCUGGCAUAGUCCUAGCUAUGAGCUUGUCCUAGUGCUGAUACACUGAGAGACUUUGGUGUUCCACAUGGUCUCUAAACAGCCCUGUUCUCUCCUUUCAUCAUCUAGCUGCUCACCUCUAAAGUCAAAGCCGAAGAAGAGUCUCCAUACAAAUGAUCACGGAACUGAAGCGAUCCUGGACUGGACAAUUUACUUUACUCAACUCCAGAUGUCGCUCAUUAGUUUCUCUUGAGGACAGUACUGACAGAACUUACAAGAAGAACAUUAGGGAAUGCCUCUAUAAAGAUCGUGGUAGUCGUUCUUGUGUACACACAACAACAACAACUACACCUCAAUUACAAGCAAGCUGGGGUCUGCUAUGGGACGCCUCACAGUCCAUGUCACUCCAUUAAAGCCCGUCUCAGUCCAGUAACUCUUAUGUACGCAUAGUAACUAAAUUACAACCUCGACACUCAGCUAAUGCGCUGUGGAAAGUGCAGGUGUGUCUCAGAAACGUGGAUGCCUGCUUUUUGCAGUUCCAUCAACAAUCAACCAAACACGUCUGUGUCGAUUCCCAGUUUCAUUUUAGUAUAGAUACUCCUGUCAGCCGAUGAACUGUGUUGCUGUACGUAUUUCCAGAGAAAAUUUUUUAUCUACUUUUCUUUAUUUGAGUUUUCUACUUAUGUCUUCGAGCAAUGGGGUUAACUAUUGUCUACACAAGCAGCCUGGCGUGGAUACCCCUUUAGAUUUGUGAAUUUAAGUUUCAUUUGCCUGAACUCAGCUUCACAUUAUUACUUCAGAUGCUCAAGAAGAAGGGCCUGUAUCACCUUGACUGCAGAUUGUCUGAUAAUAUUCCUCAUUUCCUCUUUAGCAAUAGGAAAGAAAUAGAUGAAACACUUGGAAUUGGCGAAGCAUUUUCUGUUUAUGGAGUGAUGGUUAACUGCCUAUAUAAGCUGGCAU